UUUUUCCCCAAAUUCACAGAACAUAGAGAGAAAGAAAGAGACAUUGAGAGAGAAUGGGAGCUCCGAAGCAGAAAUGGACAGCCGAAGAAGAAGAGGCACUAAAAGCUGGUGUUAACAAACACGGAACAGGAAAAUGGAAAAACAUUCAAAAAGAUCCUGAAUACACUCAUAUUCUUGCUGCUCGUUCCAACAUUGAUUUAAAGGAUAAAUGGAGGAAUAUGAGUGUAAGUGCAACCGGGGAGGGGUCUAGGCCAAAAGGUGUUAAGGCAGCAGCAGCAGCAGCAGCAGCAGCAGCAACCACACCAAAGGUGCCGAAGACUCAAUCAGCCAUAGCCAUCUUUCAAUCUCCUUCAUCCUCUCAAACUGCAGAGAAUCCAAAAGAUAAAGUUUUGGUGGAUCCUGCAAAGAACACAGCAGAUGGGAAGCCUCCACCUCGGUACAAUGCAAUGAUCCUUGAAGCACUUUCUAACAUUAAAGAUCCCAAUGGAGCAGAUAUUGGUGUUAUUGACGACUUUAUUGAGCGAAGGCAUGAAGUCCCAUCUAACUUUAGAAGAUUGUUAAGUUCAAAGUUGAGAAGGCUUGUUGCACAGAACAAACUUGAAAAGGUCCAAAAUUAUUACAAGAUCAAGAAAGAUGCCACAUUUGGAACAAGAGCACAUCCAAAAUCCAAAGAAAGCCGAGCAAAGCAAUCGCCGGACUGUAGGUUUCCUGGCUCCACAGUUAUGGAAUCCUCAAUAUUUACGGCCCAAAAAAUUGCCGAGGCCGAAAACAAAUCAUUUGUGGCGUCUGAGGCAGUUAAGGAAGCAGAGAGGGUAGAAGGGAUGGCGGAACACUCGGCAUGCAUGAAGCAGUUUUUCGAAGAUAUACUGGAACAAUGCAAACGCGGUGAACCUGUGAUCAUGGCUUUCUGAAAUAUGGACCAAGAUUCUGCGAAACGUAGAGCUUGGGUCUGUGACAUCUGAACUAGUACAUUUGUAUAUUAAGGCAUAUUAUGCUAACUGUAGAAGCUAUUUCUUCGUAGUAGUAGUAGAUGUGUAGGCUAUAUAAAGGCUUGCUAUGUGAAAAAAACACAAGUUCUGAAAGUGGAGAUUUCACCAUGCUCUGAAUACUAAUUUACUCUGUAAGACCCUAAAAUUAUGUGUUUUAAGUCUAUUUGUUCUUAGAUGCUUUUAUGUUAUAA